GCAGCGAGGGCUCGCGGCGGGCGCCGCCUGGACGACGGCCGCCGCCGACGCGGUGGCGGUCAGGGCUCGGCUCGGCGAGGUGUCCGUCGGCUUCGCGGGGCUCCCCGCGGUCUCCUCGACCACACACGAGGGGAUGAUGCGCCUGCUGCAGCAGAGGCAGGUGGACCUGCCGCCCGGCAUUCUGAGCCCCAGGGCCAUGGCCGGGCUCUUCUCGGACGGGGAAGGCGCCGAGGUGCUCGAUCGAGGCUUCCCGUGGUCGGACCACGAGUACCUCGACGGCGCCGAGGAGAACGCGCGGACCUUGGCCGAGUACGAGUCGCGCUUCGCGGCCCAGACGGGCGCCAGCCCCCCGGAGUGGGCCGGGCUCGAGCUGGCCCUCGACGACGCCGAGAACCUGCGGGCUAGCCUGGACCUGGCCGUGGCCUACAUCAAGAACUAUGAGCUCGACAAGUGCGAGGUGCUCCUCGGGAGGUACGCCCUGCCCGCCUGCCGCGCCCGCGGCCUGCCCUGGAUCGUGAAGGCCGCGCAGGACUACGCGACGCUGCGCAUGAAGCAGAACCGGCAGGCGGAGGCCCUGCUGCUUCUGGAGCAGAUCGAGGCGAUGCUGCCCCCGCACCCGAUCAUGCUGCACAACCUCGGCCUGGCGUAUAACUCCCUGCGCAUGAACGAGACGGCGAUGGAGAAGUUUCAGAAGGCCGUGGAGCUCAACAAGGGGGUGAAGAAGUUCGACGACUACUGGAACAUCGGCAUCACCCUGAAGCACAUGAAGAGGCACAAGGAGGCCUUCCUGGAGCUGAUCAAGGCGAUGGAGCUGGCUCCGGGGAGCCCGAACGUGGACGACGUCACGCUGGCCAAGCUCAACGACUCCAUCGGAGGGUGCCUGCAGGGCGCCUCGGAGGCCACGCCCGAGGGCGACCCCGCCACGCGGCUCGGGCUGGCGCAGGAGGCGGAGCCCUACUUCCGGGAGGCGGUGCGCCUCUACAGGGGCGUCAUCUAG